AUGCACACACAAGUUGGGGAAGAGAGGCUGGCAUCAGAAUCAGACUUGAAGAACCUGCCGUGUCUGCAAGCCAUCCUGAAGGAGACACUGCGCUUGUACCCAGCCGCACCACUCAAUGUGCAGCACAAGUCUAUGGAAGAUUGCACAGUGGCAGGGUACCACAUACCCUCAGGCACCCAUCUCUUGACCAACCUCUCAAAAAUCCAUCGCGACCCACAUGUAUAUGAAGACCCAUUGGAGUUUUGGCUAGACAGAUUCCUAAACACUCACCAAGAUUUGGACUUGAAAGGGCAGCAUUUUAAACUGAUUCCCUUUGGUGCAAGAAGAAGAAUGUGCCCUGGUGUCUCAUUUGCUCUCUUGAUGAUGCAACUCACACUCGCCAAUCUGCUGCAUGGAUUUGAUAUUGCAACUCCUGAUAACCAACCAACAAAUAUGCGAGAACAGGUUGGGCUCACUAAUAUCAAAGCCUCGCCUAUUCGAGUCCUCCUUACACCACGUCUCUCCCCUCUUCUUUAUGCAUAA